AUGAGUGUUAAAGAAGCUUUGGGAGAUGAGGACUUUGAUAUAUUUAAAGUUCAAUCAAUAAAAAGUGUGCAUUCUCUGUUAUAUACAAAGAACAUUUCUGGUAUAUUUGAUCUCGAUUGUGAUGAGUUAAUUAAUAUCAAGGAACGUUGUUGUUUCAAAUUAAAAGAUAACAGUUAUGUCAUAAAACAAGGUAUUAUUUCAAGUGUUACGGAAUUUGUUGAUACAUUAAAAGCAUUAGAACAAAAAUUUAAAAUAUUAGUGAAACAAAAACAAUUAAAUUUACCGAUAAUGAAUGGUAACACAAUGAAGAAUACAAAAGUAAAUGCGUUAGAUAAAUGGUGUAAUAACAAUUUCAAUGAUAUUGUUAUCAAACCAGAAGAUGAUUAUAUGAUUAAUGUAGUUUCAACAAAUGAUAGAUAUGUAGAAGGGUCAGUAGGAUGUGGUUGUGGAACACGUAUAUUAAUUCCAUUACGUGCAGAUUCAUCAACAUUUCAUUUAUCCAAUUUAAUACGAAAAGAUGAAGAUGUUGAUGAAAUGAUUGAUGAAACUGAUGAUAACAAUAAGAUUACUGACGACGAAACAAAUUCAAUACAAAACGAUAACGAUAAAGAAAAUACAAAAUCUUCAUCUUCUUUAGCGUCUCCGUUAACAACAAUUGAUACACGUUUAAGCUUAAAAAGAAUAUAUAAAUCGGCUACUAAGGAUAGUAAUCGAGAAAAUCAAAAAACAAAUUCGUAUUUGCCUGACAAGAAGCAAAAGAUUUUAAAAAAACACUAA